AUGGCUGCGAACGCCCUACAAAACCUCUACCGUCUAGCCAUCCCCGUCGCCACGGGUGCAGCUCUCGUCAACUCCUCGCUGUACGAUGUCCGCGGCGGAACCCGAGCAGUCAUCUUCGACCGAUUGUCGGGAGUGCAGGAGACAGUGAUCAACGAGGGCACGCAUCUUCUAGUCCCGUGGUUGCAGAGAGCCAUUAUCUACGAUGUCCGCACGAAGCCGCGCAACAUCUCGACAACGACGGGGAGUAAGGAUUUGCAGAUGGUUAGCUUGACGCUGAGAGUUUUGCACCGGCCUGAUGUUCCCAAGCUGCCGGCGAUCUACCAGUCCUACGGUACCGACUACGACGAACGUGUCCUACCCUCCAUCGGCAACGAAGUCCUCAAAGCCAUCGUGGCCCAGUUCGACGCCGCCGAACUCAUCACCCAACGUGAAGCCGUCUCCAACCGGAUCCGGACGGACCUCAUGAAGCGCGCCUCGCAGUUCAACAUCUCCCUCGAAGACGUCUCCAUCACCCACAUGACCUUCGGAAAAGAGUUCACUCGCGCCGUCGAGCAGAAGCAGAUUGCGCAGCAGGAUGCUGAGCGGGCGCGGUUCAUCGUCGAGCGGGCUGAGCAGGAACGGCAGGCGAACGUGAUUCGUGCGGAGGGUGAAGCCGAGAGUGCGGAUAUUAUUAGCAAGGCGGUGGCCAAGGCAGGCAGUGGGUUGAUUGAGAUUCGGAGGAUUGAUGCGAGCAAGGACAUUGCGAAUACGCUGUCGACUAACCCGAAUGUUACUUACUUGCCCGGUGGUGAGGGUAAGGAGGGUGGAAAGAGCACGAGCAUGUUGUUGGGAUUGAGGGGUUAA